GUGUUAUUUUACUAUUAUUAAAAAAUAUUUUAAAUGAAAUAUAAGGCUUGCUGCAAAGGGACUUAGACAGAUGUUGUAAAUAAUUAACUUUUUUCUUCCCGAGAAGUAUUGUGUACUUAAUGAGGAGUUUCUACUGGUUUAGAAUUGUUAAAAUCUUUCUUCAGCACACCAUUGAAGAUGAGGUCGAAAGACUUGGUGUUUAUCAUCUUAUUGAUCAUCUCAGGAGAACUCUAUGCAGAAGAGAAAUCCUGUGGUCUUCCUAAUGUGGAAAAUGGAAGGAUUGCCCAAUAUUACUAUACUUUUAAAAAUUUUUACUUCCCGAUGAGCAUAGACAAAAAAUUGCCAUUCUACUGCCUGGCUGGUUAUACAACUGAAAGUGGAAAGCAAGAAGGGAAAAGCACAUGCACUUCGGAAGGCUGGUCUCCAGCACCACGGUGCUUCAAAAAAUGCACUAAGCCUGACCUGAGAAAUGGCUACGUCUCUGAGGGAAAAUUAUUGUACAAAAUUCAAGAGAGCAUGCGGUAUGGUUGUACUUCAGGCUACAAAACCACGGGAGGGAAGGAUGAAGAAGUGGUUCAAUGUCUCGCUGAUGGAUGGUCUUCUCAACCAACCUGUAGGCAGGAACAAGAAACAUGUUUGGCUCCCGAAUUACAUCAUGGAAAUUAUUCCACAACACAGAAAACAUUCAAAGUGGAGGACAAAGUACAAUACGAAUGCGCUCCUGGCUACUACACUGCUGGAGGACAGAAGACGGAAGAGGUGGAAUGUCACACACAUGGGUGGUCUCUCACACCAAAAUGUACCAAAUUAAAGUGCUCUUCUUUGAGAUUAAUAGAAAAUGGUUAUUUUCAUCCUAUAAAGCAAACCUAUGAAGAAGGAGACGUGGUUCAGUUUUUCUGUCAUGAAAAUUAUCAUCUAAGUGGAUCUGAUUUAAUUCAAUGCUAUAACUUUGGUUGGUACCCAGAAUCUCCUGUAUGUGAAGGAAGAAGAAAUCGAUGUGCUCCUCUACCUCUGCCUCUAAACUCCAAAAUUCAGACACAUUCAGCAACUUAUCGUCAUGGAGAUACAGUUCGUGUAGAAUGCAAACUUAAUUUUGAGAUACAGGGAUCAGAAGAAAUACACUGUGAAAACGGAAAAUGGACAGAACCUCCAAAAUGCAUUGAAGAAAAGGAGAAGAUAGCCUGUGAGGAACCACCCAUCAUCGAGAAUGGUGCAGCAAACAUAACCUCUGAGAUUUAUUACAAUGGGGAUAAAGUGACCUAUGGAUGUGCAAGAGGCUAUCAUCUCCGUGGAUCAAAAGAAAUAACUUGUAAACGUGGAAAAUGGACACUUCCUCCUGAGUGUGUUGAAAAUAAUGAGAAUUGUAAGCCUCCACCUGAUGUAAUAAACGGGGCUGUUGUUGAUGGGUUAUCGGCAAACUACACAACAGGAUCAUCAGUGGAAUACAAAUGCAAUGAAUAUUACCUAUUGAGGGGAGAAAAAACAUCUCAUUGUGAACAAGGAAAAUGGUCAUCCCCCCCACCUGUUUGCUUAGAGCCGUGCACUCUCAGUGUGGAUUCCAUGAAUAGAAAUAACAUACAGAUAAAGUGGAAAUAUGAAGGAAAGGUCCUACAUGGAGAUUUAAUAGAUUUUGUAUGUAAACAGGGAUAUGGCUUAUCUCCAUCAACCCCAGUGUCUGAAUUAUCUGUCCCGUGCAAUAGAGGAGAAAUGAAAUACCCUUUAUGUAUUAAAAAAGAGCCUAAACGAAUAUGUGCAUCUCCUCCACUUAUUAAAAACGGAGUCAUUAUUAAUUCAACGGGAGACACCUAUGAAAAUGGUUCCUCAGUAGAGUACAAAUGUUUUGAUCACCACUUUCUUCAGGGGUCCAGGGAGUCCUAUUGUUUAGAGGGAGUGUGGACUACACCACCAUCGUGUUUAGAGCCUUGCACAUUAUCUUUUGCUGAAAUGGAAGAGAAUAAUUUACUCCUGAAGUGGGAUUUUGACAAUAGACCAUAUAUUCUUCAUGGCGAGUAUAUUGAGUUUCUUUGUAAGAGAGAUACUUACAUAGUUCAGGUAUCUGUUAUCAGAUCUGAACUUAGAGUGCUGUGUGACAGAGGGCAGUUAACCUAUCCAAGAUGUGUUCAAAUAGAAAGCAUACUGUUUGUUCAAGAACUUUAAGGACAAAAAAAUGAAUGGCAGAAAGAAGAAUAGCAUUUCAACACAUCAAAAAAUCCUUUAUAAAACACAAUUUUUAGAAGAAAACUGUUGAAUUAAAAACCUCUACUUUUGUACUUGCUUGAAGAUUUGACUCUAAAUUGUUUAUGCUAAACAUUUUCUUUAUUUAUAAAUAAAAAGCAGAACAUGUUGCCUCAUUUUUAGUUUGGAAGAUUUGACAUGUAACUUAAUCUUUAUAGCAUGUCUUCCAUCUGUUACAAAAUUGAUCUGUAGGGGCUGGCCUGGUGGUAUGGUGGUUAAGUUUGCACGCUCUACU